ACUAACUUUGUAGUUCAGCUUCAAGGACCGCGGGGACAUUCUGCUGGCGACACGGCCAGGCCAGAGCCCGGGGUGGAGAAGAGAGGGCACCGUGCAGAAGCCAUCGCCCCCUGCAGAGCCGCCAGCGUGUCGGGAUGAAAGGAGCCGCGACCCCAGACUCCGGUUUGACCGCCCGGCUCACCCUCCCGGGCCUGCUUCUCAUCACCACCCUGCUGCUCCUGGCCCUGUGCCUCCUCACCCAGCGCACCAGGAGGCCUCGUGAACCUCCCUUGAUAAAAGGUUGGCUUCCUUACCUUGGCAUUACCCUGAAGGUCCUAAAGGAUCCAUUAGCUUUCAUGAAAACUCUUCAAAGGAAAUAUGGUGAUACCUUCACUGUGCUGCUUUCGGGGAAGUAUGUUACGUUUGUUCUGAACCCUUUCCAGUACCAUCUCCUAACGAAAAACUCCAAACAAUUAAGUUUCGGGACGUUCAGCAGAAAGUUAUCAGCAAAAGCAUUCUCCAUCAAGAGGCUGCCAACUGAUGAUGACCUUAAUGAAGACAUUCACAGAGCUUACCUGCUUUUACAAGGCAAAGCUUUGGACAAUCUCUUGGGAAGCAUGAUCCAAGAAUUAAAAGAAAUACUUGAGCCCCAGCUACUAAAAAGCACAGACUGGAAAACGACAAGACUGUUUCCAUUCUGUAGCUCACUGGCGUUUGAGGUCACGUUUACAACUGUAUAUGGAAAAGUUCUUGCUGGUGACAGGAAAAAAAUUAUCAGUGAACUAAGAGAUGAUUUUUUAAAAUUUGAUGACAUGUUCCCAUACUUAAUAUCUGAUAUACCCAUUCAGCUUCUAAGAAGUGCGAAAUCUAUGCAGAAGAAACUUAUAAAAUGCUUCUCAUCAGAAAAACUAGCUCAGAUGCAUGGAUGGUCAGAAAUUGUUCGGGAAAGGCAAGAUCUACUGGAGAAACACUAUAGGCGUGAAGACUUUGAAAUAGGAGCACAUCAUCUUGGCUUUCUCUGGGCCUCCAUGGCAAACACCAUUCCAACUAUGUUCUGGGCAAUGUAUUAUCUUCUUCAGCACCCAGAAGCCAUGGAAGCAUUGCGUGAAGAAAUUGACAGCUUCCUGCAGUCAACAGGUCAAAAGAAAGGGCCUGGACUUUCCAUCCACUUCACCAGAGAACAGUUGGACAGCUUGGUCUGCCUGGAAAGCACCAUCCUCGAGGUCCUGCGGCUGUGUUCCUACUCCACCAUCAUUCGGGAAGUGCAAGAGGAUAUGAAUUUCAACUCAGAGACUAGCAGCUACUGUCUACGGAAGGGAGACUUUGUAGCCAUCUUUCCUCCCAUCCUACACACUGACCCAGAAGUCUUUGAAUCUCCAGAGGAAUUUAGGUUUAAUCGAUUCAUAGAAGAUGGCAAGAAGAAAACAACCUUUCUCAAAGAUGGGAAAAAGCUGAAGUACUGCAUUCUGCCAUUUGGAGUCGGGGCCAGCAAAUGUCCAGGCCGAUAUUUUGCAGUUAAUGAAAUAAAGCUACUGUUGGUUAUGAUUUUAACUUAUUUUGAUUUAGAAAUAAUUGACAAGAAGCCUCUAAGAUUAAAGUACAACCGUUUGUUUUUCGGUAUUCAGCAUCCCGAUUCUGAUGUCUCAUUUAGGUUCAAGGCAAAAUCUUGCCAAAGCUGAAAGGGUGGCAAAGAAGUUUAUCAGAGUGGAGCUACAUGUGCUGAGCUCCAUGGUUUGUGGGAGUCCUGCAAAUGUGACUACUAUGCUUGUCUGUUUGAAAAUGGCAAAUUUAUAUUUGAUCCGAGAUCAAUUCAGUUUGUUCUUGGUGACAAAACCUAUCAUAAAAUAAAGCAGGGCAGUGGCAUAAAAAAAAAAAAAAAUGUCAUGGCAAUCAUUUCAGGAUAAGUUCAAAGUAACAAUUUCAACUUUGUACUUACUGCAGUUUUUUUUAAUUAUCAUUUGUUGUAAAUGUGCUUUUUCAGUAAUAAAUUUAGCCCUGGAUGAUGUUUUUUAAGUUACUGAAAUCCUCUAAUAUGAUUUUAUGUUCUGCCAGAAAAGUGUGCCAUUGGCCAGUCUAACAAUUUCCAAGUUCUCAGAGGAAAAGGAAAUUAAAUCCCACAAGUUACACUGUAUGAAAAUGUUCCCUUCAAGCAGAGUAUCAAUAAUGUCCUAUCACCAUGUUACCUUUGCAUUAAAUGAGUUUUGCAAUAGAUUAAAUGUUCCAACUUCCCUUCAAUAUUUAAUCAUUCAUAAAUGCUCUUAAUAACUUUGUAUUGUAUAGCUCAAUAUAACAAAAUGUCUUGUUAUGUAAGACCUCUCAUGUUCAAGUUAGAUAGUGUUAAAAAUUAAUAUAUAAGAAAACACAAAGGCUAUUACAUAUUCAGCAAUUGCCUUAGACAUUAGUAUUAGGUUUAUUAUGGAGGGAAAUGUUGAAGUCAUUGUAGCAUUGAUCGUAGUAUUGGUCUUUAGUAUAAAUUGUGUUAUUCUAAUACUGCAACGAACCCUUUUCUAAAUGUUUCCAUUUAUAUAAACUGGGAAAUUAGAUAGUAUUAUUUAUCUACAACCUUGUGGACUUGUAGGUUAGUUUAUUAUUUUGGACUAGCACAUUAAACUAGACCAAAUACUUUCAUAUGACACAAUCCAGCCUGUAUCAAUGAUUAAAAGAUUUCUACUAUCAAAUUUCCCAGUGAUUGACAUUUGGCAUAAAUGGAGAUACAAAAUGCAAACUCACAAGGCAAAUAAUUAAGCCAGAUUAAUUCAUGCUGCAUUAAUUAGAAAUUCUAAUGCUUUGGGAAUUUUCUAUUGGUUUUACAAAGGAAAUUGAUUUAAAAUAUCACUCUGAAAUACCUAUCAUACUAGGUAAAUACAACAUGGUAGCAUUUCUUUUCUUCUUUCUAGAGCAUAUGCUCAUUGAAUGGUGCUUGCAUGAAGGUCUACUGGCAUGAAUUCUGCUUUUGCUUGAUUGAGGUUGUCUUUAUUUUCAAUUUCUUUCCUUUAUUAAAAAAAUGCCAAAUGACCAUUUAUAACUAUAUAAAUUCACAGAAUUCAAAGUGAGGUUAUGGCUUAUGAAAAUGAUGUGGAAUGAUUAGACCAACCCAAAUGAUAAAAUAUACUCAGAUACUUAACACCUGUUAUAAGAACAUUUGAGGUAUUCAUUCUAUUAGCAUCUUUUAGGAUACAGUGCUCUCUUGUUAACUGUAUUCACAAGGCAAUGUGCUAAAACCUUUCCCAUAUCCCCCAGGAAGACCAUAUUCCUCUUGGCUGAGAUUUUUUUUACUUUUUGAUCAUUUCUCCCACACUUCCCCAGCCUCCAUAAUCACCACUUCAUUCUGUGCUUUGGUAAGUUUAAUUAUUGAAUUUCAUAUAUUCUAUUUUUUACUUGCUAUGACAAGAACAUUGUGUCAACAGUAACUUGUGAAGAAAAGAAUUUAUCAGGGGUCACACAUCCAAAUUACAAUCCAUUGUUGCAGUCAAAUCAAGGCCAGAACUCAAGGUAGGAACCUGGUACAGAAACCACAAAGAAAUGCUGCAUACUAGCUUGCUCACUGGCUCAUUCUUAACUAGCUUUCUUAUUAGCCUAAGUCUAUCAGCCCAGAAAAUGGUAUAGUCCAUAGGACCUGGACCCUGCCACAUUAAUCAUUAAGGCAACCUUUCAUAGACAUGACCUCAGGCAUCUGAUGAAGGCGAAUCUUCAGUUGAGGUUCCCUCUUCCUAGAUACUCUAUAUUGAACCAAGGUGAAAUUAAAUUAAAGCAAAUACACGAGGUAGAGUACCUGGUAUUAGUCUAUCUCUGCUUGGUUCUACUUCACUUAAUGUUCUCUAAAUCUCUCUAUGUUGAAUCAAAUAACAGAAUUUAUUUUUUAAGGCCAAGCAAUAUUCCCUCAUAUGUAUAUACCACAUUUUCUCUAUUCCAAGACUAUCUCUGACCACCCCUACCUCCUCCAUACAAUUUCCAUGACAUCCUUCAUUUUCCUGAAAACAAAGGACAUGUGUGGUGUCCUAUCCUCAGGCCCAUCUGACCCUCUUCCUUCUGAGAGUGUCUCUGGUUGAUUUGGAGCCACCAACUUGUCAGCUUUCAAAUUUUCCAUUUCAUGUAAUUUCUAAGUUCAGUGACUAAAUUUCUCAGUUGAUAAUUCUUCGUUCUUCCUUUCUACCUGGUCAUAUUUUGUAAAUCUUAUUCCUCUAGUGUACCUUCACUGUCUCUUUAACUAUAGUCAGCAUGGUUUAUAUUCUGCACCUGGCAUCUCAAACCCUCUCUUGUUUUAUGGGUCUGAUUCUGUAGACCCCCUUUCCACCAAUGCUUCUGAUGGCUUAACUACUGAGCCUCUGUUCCUUGUAAUUUUACUUCUGAAAAAUGUUUCUGACCUGGGUUUAAUGUUCAUUCCUCAAUGUAUAACUUGUGUUUGGUUUUUGUCUUACUGUUUACGUUUCUGUCUAAUCCAUAUUACUAGGAAUGCUCAUCUGGAAUAUUUGGGAGGGGACAUGGUACACUGCUAAGUAACUGAAUUCCAGCCUUAAAUGAAACACUGUGAUUAAGGGUGUUUGGUUUUGUUCGGGGUGUUUGCUACAGCUUUGUCGUGUGUUUGCUUGCUUACUUGUUUGUUUGUAAGAUAGGGCCACAUUAUGUAGCAAUGAUACACUUACAAAGGUUUGUCUGUCUCUGCCUCCUGGGUGCUGGAUUAAAACUUAAAACCCAUGAUCAGAAACAGGCAGGUGAGUCAUUUGAUUGCUUCUUUGUUUCAACCAGACAUAGAUUAAGACAUGCAAAUAUGUCUAAUCCUGCACUGUAGAGCAAUGUUUCUAGUCCACCCACCAAGUAUGUUGGCUCUGAAAAUUACUGACUUUGUGCAGAAGUCUUGGAUUUUAUACACACACAUAUACACAUACAUACAUGCAUGCUUAUGCCAUGUUGAGCCCUAGACUUUCUCUCCUAAAUGCCACAAAAUACAGUCUAUUUCAUUUGUAUUAGGAUAUGGAGUCUGCCUUAAUAUCUGAAUGGAGAUCCUCCAUAUUGUAAAAUUCAACAAGCACUAUACUUUCAUGCUAUUGCAACAGAGAAAACCACAAGAAAUUACUGCAUCCUAACUUCUGCUUAAUAUAUACUUAAAAGUGUAUGUACAAAUUUUAAAGAAAUAAAAAGAAAGGUUGAAGAACUAUUAUAUGAAAUAAUUAAAAAGAAGCAAGAAACAUACCUGCAACCUUAGCUUUUGGGAGGCUGAGGUAGUAGGAGCCUAAAUUCUUAGACUAAAGUGAAACCCUGUUAUUUACCCAAAAAAAAGAAAGGAAAAGGAAUGAAGGAAGGAAGGAAGGAAGGAA